GCCGGCGGAGCGCGAGGAUCGGGGCUGGGCGGGAGCGGACGACGUCAUCGCCGUGUGAAGAUAGCGGAGAGAGAAAGAUUGUACACCGGACUAGCGAGACACACCGACUACCGGCCACUCCGCUCACCUCCCCGGGCCGGCUGGAUCCGCCUCGGAGCUCCUCUAGAGAUGGCAUAUAAACUAAUCUUUGUAGGACUGUGUCUUGGUUCACUUUUAUGCAGCAAUGCUCAGCAAAGUGGAACUGAGUGUUUAAAAGCAAAUGCCAAAUCUUGUGGAGAAUGUAUACAAGCUGGACCAAAUUGUGGUUGGUGCACAAAAGUGGAUUUUUUGCAAGAAGGUGAACCCACAUCUGCACGCUGUGAUGACCUUGCUGCGUUGAAAAGUAAGGGCUGUCCAGAGGAAGCCAUUCAGAAUCCCAGAGGAAGCAAAAAAAAGAUGAAGGACAACCCUAUAACAAAUAAAGCCAAGGGAGAGCGUAUGGACCCCUCCAAAAUCACACAGAUCCGACCCCAGCAGUUAACAUUUGAACUAAGAUCAGGAGAGCCCCAGACAUUUAAUUUAACAUUCAGAAGAGCAGAAGAUUAUCCUAUUGACUUGUACUAUCUUAUGGACCUGUCCUAUUCCAUGAAAGAUGAUUUAGAGAAUGUAAAAAGCCUUGGCACUGCUCUCAUGAGGGAAAUGGAACAAAUUACUUCAGAUUUCAGGAUAGGUUUUGGGUCUUUUGUAGAGAAAACUGUCAUGCCAUAUAUUAGUACUACUCCUGCUAAACUCAUCAACCCGUGCACCUCAGAUCAGAAUUGUACCAGUCCGUUCAGUUACAAGAAUGUACUCAGCCUCACAAGUAAUGGAAACCUUUUUAAUGAACUAGUAGGCAAGCAGCAGAUCUCUGGUAAUCUGGAUUCCCCAGAAGGUGGAUUUGAUGCAAUUAUGCAAGUCGCUGUGUGUGGUGAACACAUUGGAUGGAGGAAUGUCACACGUUUGUUGGUGUUUUCUACUGAUGCUGGCUUCCAUUUUGCUGGUGAUGGCAAGUUAGGAGGAAUCGUUCUGCCAAAUGAUGGGAAAUGUCACAUGCGAGACAAUAUGUACACAAUGAGCCAUUAUUAUGAUUACCCCUCAAUCGCUCAUUUGGUCCAGAAGCUCAGUGAAAACAACAUACAAACAAUCUUUGCUGUUACUGAGGAAUUUCAGCCUGUUUACAAGGAGCUGAAAAACCUUAUCCCAAAAUCAGCUGUGGGAACUCUGUCUUCAAACUCUAGUAAUGUAAUUCAGCUGAUCAUUGAUUCCUACAACUCACUGUCUUCAGAGCUUAUUCUAGAAAACAGCAAAUUGCCAGAAGGUGUCACAAUCAAUUAUAAGUCAUUCUGUAAGAACGGAGUGAUUGGAACAGGAGAGAAUGGAAGGAAGUGCUCCAAUAUCUCUCUGGGAGAUCAAGUUGAAUUUGAGAUCAGCUUAACUGCUCACAAGUGCCCCAAAAAAAAGGAACAAACUGAGCCCAUUAAAAUUAAGCCAUUGGGAUUUACUGAGGAAGUUGAGAUUUUUCUGAAAUUUAUCUGUGAAUGUGAUUGUCAACAGUCGGGAACGCCUGACAGCCCAGAAUGUCAUUUUGGGCAAUGGUACAUUUGAAUGUGGAGCCUGCAGAUGCAACGAGGGUCGUAUUGGAAAACAGUGCGAAUGCAGCACAGAGCAAGUUAGCAGUGAAGACAUGGAUGCUCAGUGUAGAAAGGAGAAUAGCUCAGAGAUCUGCAGUAACAAUGGAGACUGUAUCUGUGGCCAGUGUGUAUGUAAGAAGAGGGAAAAUCCUAAUGAGGUCUACUCUGGAAAAUACUGUGACUGCGACAAUUUCAAUUGUGACCGAUCCAAUGGGUUGCUUUGUGGAGGUAAUGGAGUCUGCAAAUGCAGAGUUUGCGAAUGUUUCCCCAAUUUUUCUGGUAGUGCUUGUGAUUGCUCGGAGGAUAAAUCAACAUGCAUAGCAUCUAAUGGUCAGCUAUGUAAUGGAAGAGGAAAUUGUGAAUGUGGAAGGUGUAAAUGUACAGACCCCAAAUUCCAGGGACAGACGUGUGAGAUGUGCCAGACUUGUGUCGGUGUUUGUGCGGAACACAAGGAAUGUGUUCAGUGCAGAGCAUUCCAUAAAGGAGAGAAACAAGACCGGUGUGAUAGCCAUUGUUCACAUUUCAACCUUACUAUGGUGGACAGCCGUGACAAGUUACCUCAACCAGGACAGGAAGACGCUCUCACACACUGCAAAGAGAAAGAUGUAGACGAUUGUUGGUUCUACUAUACCUACUCUGUAAAUUCUAACUCUGAGGUGCAUGUGCAUGUUGUGAAAGACCCAGAGUGUCCCAGUGGCCCUGAAAUCGUUCCCAUCGUUGCUGGUGUGGUGGCUGGAAUUGUACUCAUUGGACUGGCACUGUUGCUUAUAUGGAAGCUUCUAAUGAUUAUUCAUGACAGAAGAGAGUUUGCCAAAUUUGAAAAGGAGAAAAAUGAAUGCCAAAUGGGAUGCUCAAGAGAAUCCUAUUUACAAGAGUCCUAUUAAUAAUUUCAAGAACCCAAACUAUGGACGCAAAGCUGCUCUCUGA